AUGUCCAGGCUGUGCGUGGUGUGUUGGGGUUCCAGGGGCAUAGGCAGGGCAAUAUCAAGGCUGCUGGCAGAGAGAGGCUGCAGGGUUGUUGUGGUGUCCAGGAACCAGGAUGCUGCUCAGGCCACUGUGGUGUCCCUCGAUGGAGCUGGCUUUAGUUGUGACAUCUCCAAAGGAAAGGAAGUGCAGAAGACGUUUGAGAUUAUCCAGAAGACCUGUGGAAACAUCUCAUACCUGGUCAAUGCAGCUGGUGUGUUCAGGGAUGGUCUGUUGCUGAGGACCAGGCCAGAAGACAUGGUGGCUAUGCUUCAUACCGACCUACUGGGGAGCAUGUUGACCUGCAAGGCAGCGCUAUGGAGCAUGCUCCACACCCAGGGAGGGGCCAUUGUCAACAUAAGUUCUGUGGUGGGGUUGAAGGGGAACGCAGGUCAGUGUGUGUACAGUGCCAGUAAAACAGGUCUGGAGGGCUUCACUCGCUCCCUGGCCAAGGAGGUGGCCUCACGCAACGUCAGGGUUAACUUGCUGGCUCCAGGUUUCAUCCUGACAGACAUGACAGCGGGGCUGGGAGCCUGAAGAGGUGGCCCAGCCACAAAACUUCUGGGUAGUAAAGAGAUUCUCUCAGCCUCUCUCUCUCUCAGAUGAGAAUUACAAUGGAGAGUUCGCUGUUGUGUAUGCCAGUAUGUGUGUGUGUUCACACUGAAGAUGAGCUGGGUUCAUGCAUAGGAACGUGACAAAUAUUUGCCUUUUAAUCCGUUUUUUAUCUACUCAAGCUCAUGUCUUUUCAACAGAUUUUGGAGUGUACUUUUUAAUAAUAAGCCAUUUAGCAGACGCUUUUAUCCAAAGUGACUUACA